UCUGUUCAAUUGAGUCGCGAGGGGGCUUUCGGUCAGCCUACAUGUGCCGUUGCGUUGUCUGGUCUGGUCGGUUUAUUUUCUCUGUUCGCUUUUAUUCGUCGCUUGGCGCUUGUUCUAUUGUUUUAAUGCAACAUAAAUGUUCAUAGUGGUUGACUAUCAGCGGAAAAGGAAGAUAAACCAGUUGUGCAGUGCUUGACGUAGCUUGCGAUGAUUCCGUUCUUUGUUCUUGCUCUUGUAAACGGAUAUUCUUCGCCGCGUUGUGGAACCUGCUCCCAAUAGUAGGAUACGAAAAUAGCACAACUUCCGUUCCAGUGCCGAUUUGAUGUGUGUAUGUUUUGGAUUCUCGCGAAAGAAGAAGAAGUGUCACUGGAUUGUGGGUCCAUCGGAUGGACAGCCUACAGAAAUCGCCACCAGAAGUUGAUCAGCUCAGUGCAGGAAGUGCAAAAUCGACGUGGCCCGUGAGUGAACCGCUGCUGUUGUGCACUGGUUACAGCCAAAAGAAAUCUAUUUGUCAGAACGUGGAAGAAACGAAAAGUGUGGGCAGAAGAAAUCUUGAUAAAUUAAACCUAAACUAGCGAGCGGGCGAAGAGGCGGCCGUUGUGGAAUGAAGUGAAAAAAGUGCAAUUUAUUUUAUGCUCAUAUCAGUCAUGUUACGUUGCUGUCAGCUACCAAAAGAAUCAAGCUUUCGGUGAAAUUUCCAGCAAAAAAAGAAAUCUUCGUUGAGCAGUGAUUCAAGGGACUACACGGAUAGUAGCUUCGAAUUUCUUCAGUUUACUGCUAUGCGGUGAAAUACAGCACUAAGCCGAACGUGUCAGACGUGCAUAACUUACCGUAUCAAUUUAUUUUACAACUGUAGCAAAUGCGAUUCCGGAGACAAACGGCCAGGCCAUAAGAAAAUCCGCGAGGAACGGAAAAAGCAUUCAUUCAACACAGACAGCGGGUCUAAUCUAAACAAUCUCUAAUGGACUGGUAGGUACUGCAAGGGCUGCUACGAUUCCAAGACAGUGCCAGCGGACGCCUACUUUGGUCAAGUGUGACUGUCUUCGAGAAUAUGUGUGUAUUGGCGUUAGCGUAGGGCCGUACAAAGAGAUGUAUUACACCUGGUGACAGCUGUGACAUCCACCAGCUAGUACUUGGCACAUGGACACACAUUUUCAAUCGAUACUCUUCAGUAGCGUGAGCAGAAGAAAAAAGUUUAUUUUUAUGAUAAUUCAAAAGUUCAGCUAUUUGACCAUGAAAGGUGAAUACAUAAAUUAUGUGCGCCGUGUAUUCGAGUGCAAAAGCGUGAAUGAAGCAUUAUUUUGAAGCAUCCAGCUUAUCUAAGGGUUCUCAAGCAUUUAAAUCAUAAAUAGUGUGUCUGGCAUUCGAGGCGCGACUGAUGCAAAGAAGCUAUCGAAAUCAAUCUUAGUGCGAUGUGAGCCAAGAUCCGGCCAGAAGUGUGUUUCAAAAGUGCUUUCAAGUGUGUAAACAAACAAACGGAUCGCGAGCUAAGCCGCAAAAGAUCAUCGGCAGCAGAAGAACCUGUUGAUUAGAGGGCAAAUGCCUCACUCGCUACCGCUCAAGCAGCUGUUGGUUUAGUUCAGUAGAAGUGAGGUUUCAAAAGUUUCGUUUUGGAUCUAAUUAUUUAUGAAGAAGGCGUGCUAAAGUGGCAGAAAUUAGGAAAAGGCAGAAAAGAUGUUGGGAGCACUCAAACGUCGAUGGAGGACCACGCGAAGAUCUGUAUCAGCCGAUAACCAGUAUGAAGCUGACCGGGAAGGUUCGAAUGAAAUUAUACCUCCUCCACGGUAUGUUGAGUUCCUGAAAGCAGAACGGGAUGAAGCCGUUAGCGAGACUAUCCUACCGCCUCGAUACAUCGAAGUGCGCAAAGGUCGCAUAAUUCUGGAAAGUCAGAAACUAAGCGAUACAGAUACCAAGACUGAUGGGAAAGACUCAUUUUCACGCUUUGCCAAAAGCAAAUUAGCCCUCGGAUCACCUACAAUACCAGAUCCUCCUGGUGGCUAUGAACGACCGAUGAUACGAAGUCAACCUCAGUCACCGAUACAUGAGCGAAGUAAAACGGACAGUAUCGGAACUAACUGUUCUUCGCGGUCGGAACCCUGCAAAAAUACGGAUCUGCUUGAAGCCAGGAUAGCUGAACUAGAAGAUGCCUUACUACGACUGCAAGAUAGGGUGAACCAAAGCCAAUGCAAUUCACCAACCCUAGAAAAAGAGAUAAAGGAACAUUUAGAAAUAAUGAACAAAGUUAUCAAAACUAAGGAUAAAAGAUCGAUACAAGCCUGCAGGGAUCACAAAACAUUACAGGCACGCUUCCAACGACAGGAAAAUAGUUUGCUCAUCCUUCAGAACGAAAACAAAUCCCUACACCAAAGAGUAAAGCAGUACGAAGCCUGCCUGGACGACAUAAUGAGGAAAGUGGUGGACGCCCUGGUGGCAGAGGAUUGUUUAAGAGACGAAGUUUCCAUUCUGAAAAACCGCGUUCGAGAUCUGGAAGCACAAAAUGCGGCGCUCACAUCUAGCCCUGCGAAAAGCCGCGACGAAGGAUACUGCACGAUGAGCACCGGUCAGCCCCAACCCACGCAAGAGGGUCAUCUGGAAGAGUUGCCUGAAGAGCCUGAGCAAUGGUUGGUUUCGGCAGAACCGUGCACUGCUGAGAUGGAAGAUUGGAGCAUGUCACAGGAAGAGCUGGCUACAGCCCUGGAGGAGGACAGCCAUGAGUGGAUCUGGAAUUCAAGCUUUCUUACCACUAGCGAAACACAAACGGAAGACGUAUCAGCACUAUUACAGGAACAAAUAGUGUAUUCCGAAGAUGAGGAAGUAGCAUGUACAAAUUUUACUCGAGAUUUUUAUAGACUGGUUAGCAUAAAGUCUGAAAGCAAUCGAAGCCUACAGUCGCCAACGCCAGUGGACACCACGACUAGCAGCAGCGACGAAAACGAAAGACUGACGAGCCCCACUCCUAGCGAGGCAGGACGAGCUCAAGUUCAUAGUUGUUCCUCCAGCGAAUCAAGUGAUGUUAUCACGGAAAAACAUGAACCUUCGCUUCCUUCACCACCUGCUUCUCUGCAACGACAUCCUGUCGCAGCAAUCCAUCCAGCUGCAACGGCUGACCUACUUCAGGAUGUGCUAAUCACAUGUCACAAUCAACAAAAAAUGCAACAAAACAAUAGGAAGCUACAAAAAGAUGGAUCCCAAUCAGCGUCUCCGACGUGGCGACGAAGCAACGGUUGGAGGCGAGUUCCUCGAAAUAGUCAUGAAACGCACAUCCCUGUUCCGAUUGCCUCAAAAGAUCGCUUCAAAUCGCCACCACCAGUGCCCGUACGACGACAUUGCGCCAGCUAGCCAUCUUUAUACUAUGUAGACUAAACAAAAAAAAAACUUGUAACAGAAACGUAACAGGUCUGACAUCGAUCAGGAAUUUGAAUAAUAAUAAUCGUUACAGCAAUGACACGAACUGUUUAGCUUUAGGCAUUGAAUUGUGAUAGUACAUUUAACAAAACACAAAAUAUUCACGACAGUCGCAUUACGCCCAUACCAUCUGAUCACUGCCAAUUUCAUUGAACUGCAUGAAAAGUUACUGAAAGCUUCACUUCAAAGGACACCAACCUAAUUGCUGGACAAUAAGAAAAAAAGGUAGCGAAUCGGUUCCUUUCUCAGUGAGAUAAAAGCUCUAGUUUAAAAUGCUGCCUUGCGUUACGGGUAGUAACGCAAAUAUAGCGCGCGUUAGCACAUUGAAGGAGAAUGGUUGUGACCUCCGCUAAACUUGGGCACCACACAAAUGCAAUGACGGUGUAUCUGAAAAGAGAUGAAAUGAGAAUUAAAUAAUUACAGACAAUACACAUUUUUGAUAAAUUUAAAGAGACAUUCAUUAGAACAUACAUCGAGGGAUAAAUGCAAUCGGCGAAUAUUCAAGAAAUCUCAAUGUCAAAGUAAAUUUGUUUUGCUAGUAUGACUAGUAAUUAUUGUUUUUUUUUCCUUACUCAGUACAUGAAACUGAAUAAUACGUUUGGUGGUUCCUUAUUAACAACAAAAAAUCGUCUAGAGUUCUCCUCAGUUUUGAGCAAAAUAAAAGUUGUGUUCCAUUUCGUUCAAAUUGAACUUAUUGUUGAAUCACAAAUGGGAAGGUAGAAUAGAGAAGUACAAAUGUCUGGUUACUCACAGUAGUGGUAGCAAUGAUAGCAGUGUUCGAAAGUCAAGUUAAAGUUUCAUAUCUAAACUAACCAAACUCAAUCUAUUCAAUCUAUAUGUAGGUCCACGCCCGAUUGUUUCAAAUUACGUUUACCUGGCAAGAUAUCAGAAGUGAAUCCACGAUUCAUUCAACGAGCAUCUAGUAUUGUAAAAAUUUGUAACUAAUCGGCUUAAAUACAUUGUGUAUUAUAUAAUAAUUUUGUAUCUCUCGAACUAGCAUAUGUUUGACGACUUUCUACUUAUAAAA